AUGGAGAAGGAGAGUGUGAGUGAUGAUGGAUUAUACCCUAAUGAGCCUUUUGGUUCCGAGUUGGAAACUGAGGAGAUCACUGCUCAGUCUUCAAAGGAAGACUUUACGGUUGAGAAAGGUGAAGGGAGUGGUGUGGUUUUCGCCAGAGAGGCACCUCUUAGAGGUAAUGACCAAGCUACAGCUCAACCAGGGAAAGGCUUUGGUUGUAGUGCGAAGAAACUAAAAUGCAGUGGUGGUGAUGUUGAGGUUCUCGAGAGUCUAGGGAAAGAGAAGAAGCUUAGUAGACAGGAUAGGAUCGAACUGGGACGACUUUUUCAAAGUGCUACUAGCUCACAGGAUUGGGAACUUUCUGAGAGGAUGAUUGAUUUGGCUGAUCUGCAAACUUUGAAUGAUUUGUUGUGUAUUAGUCUAGAUUCUAUUUGGUUCUUGAGCACAGAAGGGGAGUUAAGAGGUAUCACUGGAUUGAUUGCAAAGAUCAUAUGUCAUGGUGCUCAUGACUAUACUAGAGCUACACUCAGAACUUCGUUUCUUGCUUCGUGUGUCUCUUCUUGCCGUAACCGGACAGUGAGUCUUUCUGAUAGUGUAACUGUAAUGGCUCAAAGGUUGCACGAGCGUCUUCAAGAGUGUAACGGUGAUGAGGUUCUUAAAGCAGAAGCCAGUGCCAAAGUUCAGAAGUUCACUGAAUGGGCCCUCAAAUGCAUAGGCUUCCACUCUCGAUGCCAGGGUUCUAGAGAAAAGUCUAACCAAGACUCUGCUGCUGAGAUCCAACUCCAGCUCUCUGCUUUCAAGACGUUCUUAGAUCUUGCAGGAAACCAUUUGACAGGAAAGGAUUUCACAGAAGCCUUUGAUGCUGCUUGCUUCCCGCUUACUCUCUUCUCUACCUCUUUUAAUCCUGGCUGGGCUUCUGGAAUCUCAGCUACUGUUAUACAUGGGUUGCUCGGUAUGCUGGUGGAAGGAGGAGCAGAUAACGUGAAUCAGUGCUUUCUUGAAGCUUCUCGUUUUGGUAGCACAGAGCUUGUGCGCAUCUUAUUGCAGAUUGCUCAAAGGAAUAGCUUAGACGUGGAUGUUGACUUAGCACUUGGUUUUGCUUCCCAUUAUAGUAAGAUUGAAACGAUGGACUGCCUUGUGGAAGAAGGUCAUGCCAUGGCUUUCUUGGGUCCAUUGAUGAGAGCAGCAGAGAGAGGUUGCAUGCAAGUUGUUGAAUGGUUUGUGAAAAGAGGCUGUCGUGAAAUGGAGCUAUGCUUAGCUCUCACAGCCGCCACUUCGAGUAGCCAGGUCGAGAUCGCAGCUUAUCUUCUUCCUCAUGUACCAAGACCCGUCCUCACAGCUCUCAGCAUCGAAAUCCUCAAAGCAGCCGGUGAAAGAAGCGAUGGUUCUCUCUAUGGAGUAGAGUUUCUUCUCAAAUCAGAUUUCCUGGGAGAUCCGGUAGCCACUUAUUCAGUUGCAGACACCAUUGCAAACUCAGAAGACGAGUCUGUGCCUUCAGAACUGAGAUCUUUUCUCCAAGAACAUUGGUCAGAGGCUGCAUUCAACAAUGGAUUAAAGGAAAGCCGAGAUAACUUCAUGAACUUCAUGAGGGUUUUGAAGAUUGGAGAGUCUGCUAUAUGUUUGAAGGAUCUCCCAGGUCCAUUGAGAGUUGCAGUCGCUUACAUGCCACUGUACAGAGAGUGUGUGAAAGCAGGAGGAAUGUUGCUCUCACAGAGAUUAAGAGGACAGCUCAUGGAAGCAGCGAGGCAGCUUCAAGGCUUAGAUGUGGACACAGAGGAAGUAUACAAAGGUCAUCAUCAUCAGCUCAUGGCAGUAUUGGAGCAUCACCUUCCUCUUUUUUUGGUCAAAGCUUCUUCACACUGA